AUGACGACGUCUUUUUGGGUCGUCGGUAAAACACUCAAGAGUGCUAAAAUGAUUGUUCCAAUCAUCGGCAUUUUGGGAAUCUGUCACGUCGCCUCAUCGAUGACAUUGCGCGAAGCGAGCAAAUUCGAUGCGAACAAACGAGCUCAACUCUCCGCUUUUGACACUUUAGGGGGAAUGGGUCUCGGAAAAAGAGCGCAAUUUUCCGCGUUUGAUACUCUCGGUGGAAUGGGUUUGGGAAAGCGGUCGCAAAUUCAACAAUUUUCCGGAUUUGACACAUUAGCCGGAAUGGGUCUCGGCAAGAGAAACGCCGAUUACGGUAGUGAUAAACGUGCUGCUUUGAGCACUUUCGAUUCUCUUGCUGGAAUGGGUCUUGGAAAGCGUUCGGAGCGACCAAAACGCGCCGAUUUCAGUCAACUCGACACAUUGGGCGGAAUGGGAUUCGGCAAACGUUCAAACGAUCAAGACUUCGUCCCCAUUCGAUAUAUUUAA